AUGUUCGUGGGAAGGGAGUAUUCUUGCUUUGCUGAGGAUGGAACCAAGCCCACGCUGAUCUUUGUCUCAUCUCGGAUCUUCGGCUGCAGCAAGCGUCAGACGCGACUCACCGCGCUGGACAUCGUCGCGUUCAUGUCGGCGGAUCCCGACGAAGAUCCUCAUCAGUUCUGCAAGAUGGAGCCGCACGAGCUGGAGUACGCCACACGAAGAGUCACAGACCAGAGCCUCAAGCACACCCUUGAGUUUGGAAUCGGCAUCCACCACGCCGGACUUCCCGAGAGGGACCGGAAGGUGGUUGAGGAGCUCUUCGUCGAGGCGAAGAUCAUGGUGCUGAUUUCCACGUCGACGCUGGCGUGGGGUGUGAACUUCCCGGCUCAUCUCGUGAUUAUCAAGGGCACGGAGUACUACGACGGGCAGCUGAAGCGUUAUGUGGACUUUCCCAUCACCGACGUGCUGCAGAUGAUGGGUCGCGCUGGCCGGCCGCAGUUCGACUCGGAAGCCCGCGCCGUGAUCAUGGUGCAUGAGCCGAAGAAGAACUUCUACCGCCGCUUCAUUUACGAGCCGUUCCCGGUGGAGUCCUCGCUGCACGAGCAGCUGACGGACCACCUCAAUGCUGAAAUUGUGGCCAAGACGAUCAGGACACGCGAGGAAGCCAUCGACUAUGUCACCUGGACCUACUUCUUCCGCCGCCUCACCGCAAACCCCGCCUACUACGACCAGCAGGCGGCGCUGCUCGAGACCCCCGACUUCGAGAAGCAGAAGGACAUGCUGGCAAACUACAUUGAGCGGCUCAUGAACAAGUGCUUGGACGAGCUCAUCCGAUCAGGCUGCAUCGAGCUUCGCGAGGCACAGGUCUCCCCGGGAGGUGUCGCCUCGGCAGCUGUGGAGCCAACCAAGCUCGGGCGUAUCACCUCCUUGUACUACCUCAGCCACCGCACUGUGGCACAGUUCCAGCGGACCUUGGCCAGAGAGGGCCUGGGAUUUGUGGAGAUCAUGCGGGUGCUUUGUGAAUGCCCAGAGUACGACGAGCUGCCGGUCCGCCACAACGAGGACAAGCUGAAUGCCGAGUUUGCCGAGCACUGCCCUCUAGAGGUGGACCUGGCAAUCCAGGCCUACGACUCGCCCCACACCAAGGCCUUCUUGCUGCUGCAGGCGCAUAUGUGGGGAAUUGCGCUGCCCAUCAACGACUACAAGACAGAUUUGAAGAGUGUUCUGGAUCGCUCCAUCCCACUCAUCCAGGCGAUGGUCGACAUUGCAGCCGAGGAGGCCCAGCUGCGUUCCACGCUGAAUCUCAUCCUCCUGCUGCAGUGCUUGCACCAGGCCCAUCAGCCGUGGCGGACGUCCCUGGCCACGCUGCCGCAUCUGUCGGAGAAGUCGCUGAAGGUGCUGCGGGACUACUCCGUCGAUUCCCUUCCGGAGCUCAUCGAGCGCCGGGAUGCCAACAAGCUCCUGACGAAGCUGUCGCUACCAAGCGCCGAAGCGCACAAGGAGCUCCUGCAGAUUGUCCAGGACAUGCCGAGGCUGCGGAUGCGCGUGGAGCUUCGCGUCUUGGAUCCUGAGGACGAAAGCAAGCCCCCGGAGGAUGAAGAGGAGGGCAAGGACGGAAAGCCAAAACGCCGCAAGGGCAAGCUCGUUGCGGCGCCGUACAAGGUGCCCCCGGACAGCGAGCUCGAACUCACAGUCAUCUUAUGUUAUGACAACGAGCCCAUGAAGUUCGUCCAUGCACCGAGGUUUCCCAAGAAGAAGACGUACUCCUGGUGGUGCAUCCUGGGCGACACGGAGGUCGACGAGCUGGUGUCGAUCAAGAAGGCACUCAUGCCAACCAGGCAGAGGUUCGAGAAACGGAUCAGCUUCCAGUUCUGCUCUCCAGCGGAUGAGAUCGGUGAGACCUUCACUUUGUCUGUGCUGUGUAUGUCGGACUCCUUCUUCGGACUGGACCAACAGCUGGACCUUUCCAUUACGACCGUGGAGCCUCACGGUGACUGA